GGGAUGUCGGCCACAGCUCCAUUACCACUGCUUGUACUGCAGCUCAACAUUAAUAAGAAAACCAGAUUUUUUAAAACAUCUGGAUUUGUGUGAAAAGUCAACCACCCAGGCACCACUGACAGUGUCACCGCAGGCCACCACCCAGGCAACACCGAAGCCACCGCAGGCCACCACCCAGGCACCACUGCAGGCCACCACCCAGGCACCACCGAUGCCACUUCAGGCCACCACCCAGGCACCACCUAGUAGGCUCUGUGUGAAGCCUGUCCUAAAAAAGAAAUGUCCCAUAUGUCAGACCAUAAUGAAUGAAAGGAACUUAAAAAGACACAUUGAAAGGAAGCACAUGGCCAAACAAAAAGACAUAACCGCCACAUCCCACCUUGACAUUGAGUGUGUAGAUCCUGAAAAUGGGAUCUAUACUGUCCAAAAAUCAUUUCUUGGGACUAGUAACCCGCUGCAUGUACAGAAGAAGCUAUGGGGGGAAAAUCAGCAGGUUUUUUGUGAAUCUUCAGAAUGCCAGGUGAACAUGGAGCUAGCAUGGAGGAGUGGGCUGAAAGCUUACCAGUGUAUUCACCUGAGGUCUAUAAAUUACUGUUCAUCAUAUGUUGCCAGUCCAACAUUACAGGAAGAUAUACUCGAGGAGAUGGUCCAAAGCAAGUGGUUUGGGAAGGACAAAAUGAAAGUAUGCCUUGAUCAGCAACUACUUGCAACAAAUCAGCACAAACCCCUUUCCAUACAAACCAAAAUUGGAACGCCUGAGACCAAAAUUUGUAUCUCUGUUUAUGAGCCAAAUAUAUCAUACUACAGCCGGCUGGAAAGAGUGAUCGUCUCAUACGACACUAAAAAGAAUUCAUGGCACUGUGCAUUUACAAAAUCAACAAGAUCGUGCACACACAAAUACAUAGCAAAAUGGCAUUUAUUCCAAACAAGCCGCAGUCUUUUCCGAUUGUGACAAGGCAGGGAUUUGCUUUUCAUGAGAUGGACAUGCCUUUGAUCAGGGAGUGGUGGUGCCUUCUUCUAAUGGAGCGUUUCAAAAUAGAAGGUCAUGGGCAGCGGUUUGCAUUCUGGACAACUGAGGCCAUAAGCCUGAUUAAGGGAGACCUGCCACCCGUGUUCAGAGUGCCUAGGCAGAGUGGCCUCACUACUCAAGUUCCACCCCACAUUCAAGCAGUCAGUGGCCGCACUGAGGCUGAAAAGGCACUGGUGGACUUCAUUGUGCACUCACAAGGAGCUGAGCAGCAUUUGAUGAGUAUACUUGGUGGCAAGCCAUCCAAGUGGGCAGUGAUGAAACAGGUCCCAGUCUACCUGGACAGUGAAGAGGAACAGAAAACUCUCUUCACCCAUCGCCAUCAUAUAUGGCAUCUCUGCCUUACUGUAAAUGCCAUUUCAUGGGAGGAGGCAGAGCAGGUCUUCCUGGCAGGGCCUGCUGUCGAUCAAAGUGAAGUGGACAAGUUCUGCAGGAGGCUGGAAAGGCAGAUGAGGAAGGAAGGAGCGCUGCCAUAAUAUGAAGGCUAUUUGUUGAAGCCUGUGAAAUAAAACAUUUGAAACCA